UGUGCUCAAUUUCGAUUUGUAGUCGUGUUGUGUUUUGAUUGGCCUGUGGGAGGGGGAUGCUGUCGUCCGUGUCGGCAUUUUCUUAAAGAAGUAGUUUGAAAGUACCUUUUGUUUGGAUUCUUCGUCUGCCCAAGCCUUUGUUGGGCCAUUGAAGCAUUGCAAUGGUUGCUGCCAUGGAGGUGUCAACAGAUGUGGAGAUGAAGAGUGUGGAUAGCCCAGCAGCAGAUGUAGAAUCUGCAGAUUCGAAGAAAGACGUUGACCUGCUUAGCAUUGCAGACAUCCGGGAACAUGCAAGGCAAAUUGAAAAAGCUGUCCAGACCAAGGAGCCAAGAUUUCUUCUCAGAGUGCUACGCUCUCUGCCUAACACCAGAAGGAAAUUGAAUUCUAUAGUUCUCAGAGGCAUCAUCAAUGGUCUGUUUACCUUCUCAUCAGCUGACCGAGAAUCCCUCCUGGUCUUUGUUGACGAACCCAUGGAUACAGACAGCUCUGCUGCAAACCAACGAGUGAGAAGUGGCAAGGCUUCAACCACCCCACUACUCCCAGAAGUCGAUGCUUAUGUACAUCUCUUGGUGCUUGUCAGGCUGAUUGAUACUGGUAAACAUCAAGAAGCAGUUCAGUGCUCAGAGCAGUUAAUGUCCAAGUUAAUGGGACAAAACCGACGUACGAGUGAUUUGAUUGCAGCGAAGUGCUACUUCUACCAUAUGCGCUGCUAUGAGCUGACCAAUCAGCUGGACAAAAUCAGAGGAUUUUUCCAUUCUCGACUGCGUACAGCUACUCUGCGCAACGAUUAUGAAGGUCAAGCAGUCCUGAUCAACUGUCUGCUGCGCAACUACCUGCACUACAAUCUGUAUGACCAAGCUGAUAAACUAGUUUCAAAAUGCAAUUACCCUGAAACAGCUAGUAACAAUGAAUGGGCACGUUUCCUGUAUUAUUUGGGGCGUAUAAAGGCUGCUCGUUUGGAAUAUACUGCAGCCCACAAACACCUUGUUCAAGCUUUACGCAAAGCCCCUCAACAUGCUGCUAUUGGCUUCCGUCAAACUACCCAGAAGUUGGCUGUUACAGUAGAGCUACUUCUUGGUGAUAUCCCUGAACGGCAAAUAUUCAGACAGGCAGCACUUCGUCGCUCUCUUGGCCCUUACUUUCAACUUACUCAAGCAGUAAGAAUGGGCAAUCUACAUAGAUUUGGUGAAGUUUUAGAGAACUUUGGCUCAACUUUCAGAGCUGAUCAUACUUAUACUCUCAUCCUUCGACUGAGGCACAAUGUUAUCAAGACUGCCAUCAGAGCCAUUGGUCUUUCCUAUUCUCGCAUUUCACCAGCAGACAUUGCCAAGAAGCUUGGUCUGGAUUCCCCUGAAGAUGCCGAGUUCAUUGUAGCCAAAGCCAUUCGUGAUGGUGUUGUUGAAGCUACCCUGGACCCAGAAAAGGGUUAUAUGCGCAGCAAGGAGAGUGCUGACAUUUACUGUACUAGGGAGCCCCAGCUUGCAUUCCAUCAGAGAAUUUCUUUCUGUCUGGAUCUACACAACCAGAGUGUUAAAGCUAUGCGCUACCCACCUAAAUCUUAUGGUAAGGAGUUGGAAUCAGCUGAGGAGAGGCGUGAACGUGAGCAGCAGGAUCUUGAACUUGCGAAGGAGAUGGCAGAAGAAGAUGAUGAUGGCUUCCCUUGAACAUUAUUCACCUGUUUUAACGAGUCUUAAAAUCUGUGUACUACAUCAUCAUCUAACAAUCCUUUUGCUGUUGUACUGUAUUUAUAAUACUUUGUCCCUUCUGACCUUCCUAGAUUAACAUUAAUUGUAUGGAAUUUGUUAAAAAUUAGAAUAAAUAAUCCAGAAAUUGUUAAGCAAA